ACUUGCCGGCCUCUCGUCUCGUCACCCCAGUGCCUCUCGCCUGCUCUCCAGACUCGUCCGCCAUUAUCCUUCGCCAUGGCCUCCAACUCCAUCAAAAUCUUCACUGGAAACUCACACAUUGAGUUUGCCCGGGCUGUUGCCAAGCGACUUGGCUUGGAGCUCGCCAAGGGUGUCGUCCUGAAGUACUCCAACCAGGAAACCUCAGUCACGAUUGGCGAGUCAGUUCGUGACGAGGAUGUUUUCAUCAUCCAGUCUGGUUGUGGCGAGAUCAACGACCAUCUGAUGGAGCUUCUCAUCAUGAUCAACGCCUGCAAGACCGCCUCGGCCCGCCGCAUCACCGCCGUCAUCCCUUGUUUCCCUUACGCCCGCCAAGACAAAAAGGACAAGUCGCGUGCCCCGAUUACCGCCAAGCUUGUUGCCAACAUGCUUACCGUCGCCGGUGCCAACCAUGUCAUCACCAUGGACCUGCACGCCUCGCAGAUCCAGGGCUUCUUCAACAUCCCUGUUGACAAUCUGUAUGCCGAGCCCAGCACUCUGAAAUACAUCACGGAAAGCAUCCCGGACUACAAGAACAUUGUGAUUGUCAGUCCAGAUGCCGGUGGCGCCAAAAGAGCAACCAGCAUUGCCGACAAGCUCGAUGUCGAGUUUGCCCUUAUCCACAAGGAGCGAAAGAAGGCCAACGAGGUUUCCCGCAUGGUCCUCGUCGGGGAUGUCUCUGGUCGCGCUUGCGUUCUCGUCGACGACAUGGCCGACACUUGCGGUACUCUGGGGAAGGCUGCUGAUGUUCUUCUGGACAACGGUGCCACCAAGGUCUAUGCCCUUGUCACACACGGAGUCCUUUCUGGAAAGGCCAUCAGUGUGAUCAACCAGUCCCGGCUAGAGAAGGUCGUCGUGACCAACACCAUUCCCCACGACGACAAGAAAAUGAUGUGUCCUGGCAAGCUGGAAACAAUCGACGUCACCUCCACCUUUGCCGAGGCCAUCCGCCGCACCCACAACGGCGAGAGCGUCAGCUACCUCUUCCACACCGUCCCCUCGAACUAGUAGCCUGUCCCGAUCCGCCCAACCCCUCCGAUUCAUCCGGUUCAUCCAUCUAUCCAUCCGUCCGAACCAAAUGUCCUGCCCACUCCACUGCUCCCUCGCGCGCCAUCUCCUCCGUAAUCUACUUAUCAUCUGUGCCUUCUGUUCCUCUGGGAGCGCAGUCCUGCCUAUUGAUCAUCAUCACCUUUGCGCCGGGUGCGGCCGGCUGCCGAGCGCUGUCCUCCCUCCACCAAUACACCACUCUAUAUACAGCUA